UGUUGAGUUCGCUCGCUGCUGCGGUGAGUAGAAGACGCAACACAGCAGUAGCUUUAGAGCGCGUGAGUUAACAAGACAUCUGGUUCGGAUGGGGAGCACAGCCAGGGCUGUCAACUUGGCUCAAAUCGCGCCAUUUUUGACCCUACUUUACUUUAAAUCGCAAUUAAUUUUUCAAUUUGGCACGAAGUGCCAAAAUAGCACUAUUGAAAAAAUAUGUAUACAACUGGUUUAUCUUACUUUGGCAUUGGACUUUUGUUUUAGGAAGAUGUUCCUGAUUUUAAUGCUAAAGGAAAAGAAUCGAAAAGAAUGGCACCUUUUUGAAAUUGAAAUAAAUUUUCUUAGGAAGUUGUACUUUUACACAAGAAUCAGAGAGAAUAAUAAUUGUGUAAGCUCACACUGGAGCAUUUGCGAGCAAGAAUGGAAGAAGAAAUUUUGCAAGAACAACGUAAACAAGUUGUACAAGUGUGACGUCAUACAAACAGCGAUUCUGUCAAAUUCAUUAGCGGUAUCGAGAUGGGCGCCACCUUUGUUCUCUACAUCAUGACUUUUACAGAUAAGCAGGAGGUCUAUACUCUGUAUACGGACUAAUACAAAUUCAUAGUGCCAAGCAUUUGAAUUCGAAUGAUUUGCUCUUCGAAUCGUAAUACAGAGUAGACCCCCAGAAAAUUCUCUUUAUACAUAUAUUUUUGACACACAUACAUGCAUAUCGCACACGGUCAUCAAAAGCGACGUAAUUCAAAAUUUAUCAUUGUUGAAAUGAUGCGCUAAAAAUGCACACAGAGCUUUUAUUUACCAUUCCGCAAAAUCUGGAGCAUUUUUUUUUUUAUAAUUGCAAAAACCUAAGUUAAAGUCUCCCUUGCCAAUAUGAUUAGCAUGUGCUAAGAAAUAGUUUGUCGUAUUUUCUGACAAACGUGUAAUUUUGAGUUCUGUCACCUUUGAAGAUAGUGUGCGAUAUGCUAGAAUGAAAUUUGAUGAGCUCUCAUUGCUUCAACUAUUCAAGGCGUAGACCAUGAUUCAAUAAUACAAGGUUCGAUAAACUGACAGUUGUCUCUCUCGCACCGC